AUGCCGAAGACAUUGACAUUGAAAGACGCACUUGCUGCGAUUUUGGAUAGCAGCGACGAGGAUGAAAGGCGAGUUUCCGAGCCUGAUGGAUUUUCUUCUGAUGAAGAUGAGGAUUAUGAUCACAGAAGAGAUCCAGUUGAAGACGGGUGGAGAUUGAGAGGAUUCACAGCUACCAGGGCCCAGUGUAACACAGGCAGCCUCACCUGUGCCUGCCACCAGGUCACCACCAGCCCCUACAUCGCAGUCAUCAUCACCAGCCCGGCCAGCCAAGAGGUUCCGUACCCCCCAGCAUCAACCAGCACCCCCACCUACACAGCAACCAUCAUCACCAACCCGGCCAGCCAAGAGGUUCCGUACCCCCCAGCAUCAACCAGCACCCCCACCUACACAGCAACCAUCAUCAGCAACCCGGCCAGCCAAGAGGUCCCGUUUCAACCAGCUCGAACACCAGGGCCACAGCUCAGCUCCACUUCCACAUAUACACCACUCGACCUCUUCAAACUUUUCUUCCCUGUACAAAUCAUACAAACACUGUGCCAAAACACAAACAAGCAGGCUGCUAAACAAAUGGCACAGGGAAAGAAAUAUAAAUGGUUAGAUGUGAACAUAGGGGAGUUUUACAAGUACAUUGGACUGCUUCUGUACAUGGCCAUGGUGAAACUCGACAGCAUUGCAGAUUACUGGAGACAGAAUCACUUCUUCUCUUUUCCACUUCCAGUACAGAUCAUGCCACGGGACAGAUACAGAGCACUUUCUUGGAACCUUCACCUUAGCGACCCUGAAGAGGAUGUCCAGAAUGACAAAAAAAAGGGCACAGCCGACCAUGACAAACUUUUCAGACUGAAACCCCUGAUGAACACCAUCAAAAAUGCCUGCAAGUCAUUUUAUCAUCCUCACAGAGAUGUGGCUGUGGAUGAAAGAAUGGUUGCAUCAAAGGCCAAAACUGGGAUGACGCAGUACAUGAAGGCAAAACCGAUAAAGUGGGGAUUCAAGUUGUUUGUCUUGGCAGACUCACGGAAUGGCUACACAGUGGACUUUUCCGUUUACACCGGCAAAAGUGACAUCCCCUCUGGACAUGGCCUUUCCUAUGAUGUUGUGAUGUCCCUGGUACAACCAGGUUACCUUGGCACAGGCUACCACAUUUACAUGGAUAAUUUUUAUUCAAGCCCCAAGCUCUUCAGGGCUCUCCAUGAGCAAAAAUUUGCUGCCUGUGGGACCUACAGGGAGAACCGCAAGGACUGCCCUCGGACAACAAAUAACGCCCUCACAAAAAAAUCAGAAAGAGGCUCCAUAAGAUGGAUCCGGGACGGCCCCCUCAUCUAUGUGAAAUGGAUGGACACGAGAGAAGUAUCAGUCUGCUCCACACUUCACACAGCACACUCUGGUAACGCUGUUCAGAGGAGGGUGAAACAACAAGAUGGCUCUUGGACAAAGAUAUCAAUCCCCUGUCCCACACCAGUUAUGGCGUACAAUGAACACAUGGGGGGAGUUGAUCAUUCAGACCAGCUCAUUCAAUAUUACUCUGCACAACACAAAACAAUGCGCUGGUACAGACACCUGUUUUACCAUUUUCUGGACAUUGCCACCACCAACAGCUACAUCCUCCACAAGGAACUCUGUCUGGCCCAGCAAACAACACCCAUGACACACAGAGCUUUCAUGGAGGAGCUGACUGCUGAACUCUGUGGUAAGCCUCUUCACACUGCUCCGGUCCCGGUACCUGCAGGUCAUGUUCCUGUGCCAAUUUCCGUUCAUGCAGCAGAUUCUUCCACAAAAGCCACCACAGGUCGCAGCAGGUGUGAGCAUUGCCAAAGCCAAGGCCAGAGAAAGGACACACCUUGGAAAUGCAGGGAGUGUGGUGUUGCGCUUUGCAUGCAGCUGGACAGAAACUGUUUUGCAGCAUGGCAUGACAGCUGA